GUAUCUCCUUCUCUGGACUGUUCUUUGCUGUCAAAGUCAAAUCAAGCCGACAACUUUGUCGUAGUUUGAAAACCAUACAUACUAUUGUCGCUAUUUUAUAUUUAAUAUAAUUCGUCGUGUGCACAUUUCGCAAAGUCUCUAUACUCAGUCAACACCACCAUCAAAAUGUCUGAAGAAUUGCCACCUGGUUGGGAGAAACGUGUAAGCCGAUCGUCAGGAACAAGUUACUACUUGAAUAUCUACACCAAAGAGAGUCAAUGGGAUGCUCCAACUAAACCAGCAGAGCGUGCUUCAUCAAACGGCCCAGAAAAGGUUCAAUGCAGUCAUCUUCUUGUCAAACACAGGGAUUCUCGUAGACCAUCAUCAUGGCGGCAAGACAACAUCACCAUAUCUAAAGAAGAGGCUAUGGAUUUGCUAGUUGUUUAUCAAGAGCAGAUUGUUAAUGGUGAAGCUUCGUUUGCUGAAUUGGCCUCAAAAUACUCAGACUGCAGUUCAGCCAAGAAAGGUGGAGAUCUUGGUAGUUUUGGUAGAGGAGCAAUGCAGAAACCGUUUGAAGAUGCUGCUUUUAGCUUAAAAGUUGGUGGAAUGAGUGAACCUGUGUGGACUGAUUCAGGAGUUCAUAUUAUUCUUCGCACUGCUUGAAUUACAUUUUUCUUUUAAUUCUCUUUUUACUAGAAAUUUUGGAUGUUUUCGUCUAUUGCAUACCAUACCCUUAUACAACAUUAUUAUUGCAAGUA